CUCUCGCGCGCGCGUUUCCCUCGACUCUCUCGGUGGCGUCCGCAGCAUCGCGACGCUACGACGCGCUCCGUCGACUAUCCCAUCCCGGGAGAGACGCCGCCGCUAAUUUUCCUACGAUAUAUACCAGCGACACGGACUUGGCCAUCAAUAAUUAUCGCAUUAGGCGAUGUUUUAUUAAACAAAUUUCUGUUUUUUAUUUCACAAUACCACGCGAUACCACUUCGAAAGUGUUUCGUUCGAUCUGCAUAAAAGAAGAGAAGGUGCUGAGCUACGUUAAAAUUAGAAGUUAUUAAAGGACCGGCAAAGGCGUCUUCUUGUGUCAACCGGUGUAAAGGGAAGCCAAAUCGUGAAGUUUUUGCCAGACGUGUUCCAUCUUGGUGUCUCGAUCAAGUGAUCUAUCGGAUUUCACCGUGGAACACACCAGCCUCUCAAGAUUUCUCGCCUUCGAAAGUCACGCACGAGCGUUUUUCCUCUGCUUUCCGGAGCGUCGCGCGUACUUACUCAAGCCUUAUCGACACUCGUGGAUUUACUACUGCCGAAGCUUGGCUUCUUACCCGCGUGUCCGCAAACGCUGUGAAUGCAAGCUGAGAUGCAUCGCGUAUCAAGAACCUAUCACAUGUUGAAGCCACACAUCGUUUUGCAAAUGCGUACUCGUGAGUCGCGAGCGGACAUUCGAGUGCGUCAUUAGACGCGCUCAAACGUUCGCAAUCGCGUGGAUUCUCAACGAUCUUGAUGAUGAAGAAGCAGUGCUUAAAAAAGCUGGUCGGCCAUCAUCAAGGCGGACCCUUGAAAAUUCGCGAUCGUCAGGGAUGAAAGAUUAUUUUCAGAAACGUACGAAGUGCCUCGAGCGAGACACGGAUGUCUCGUCUGGGGUUUCGGCACCGUAAUCGCGUGGGGAAGUGAGCGAACAACUGAUGAUGAUGGAACACAAACAGACGAUACUGCUGGCACCCUCACUGAGCAACAGCAGUUGUUGGCGAGGCGGCACGUCCGACGCCGCUUGGACAGGCCCAGGCCCUGGGGAGCUGGUACGAGCUACCCUGAUACUGCUGCUCAGCCUUGGUAUCCUGUGCGCAAAUCUGUUAGUGAUAUGUGUUAUCAAUAGCAGGCAGUACAGCAAAUAUAUACAUGCUCAGCCCAGAUAUUUGCUGACGAGCUUAGCGAGCAACGAUCUAGCGAUUGGUCUUUUAGUGACGCCUUUCGGUUUCUUACCAGCUGUUUACGGAUGCUGGCCGUAUGGCGAAGUGGUCUGUCAAAUUCAGGCACUUCUUAGGGGUGCUUUGACUCAACAGAGCGCUGUUAUCCUCGUCUGCAUGGCAAUCGACCGUUAUGUUUGCAUGCUGCACCCUCAUCGCUAUCACAAGCACUCUUCUAAAAGGUAUUACAUGCGGCAGGGCUGCGUGGCAGUGAUGUCGACCACUUGGAUAGCGAGCGUGGCAAUUUUCGGGGUUCUAGUACUCCCCAGAGGCGGUUACUACUUCAACGGGUCUGGUCUCCUUGCCUGCGAUCCCUUCUUCGCUAGAGCGUCCCUUAGGAUCCUGGCGUGUUGCUGUUUUUAUUUCCCGACGACGAUGGUGCUGAUGUACUGCUACGGCUCGGCCUUUCACGUUAACAAACUACGCUUGAAAAGAGUAGUCUGUGUUAACACGCCGGAGGUCGUUAGUGGCGGCCAUAUAGAAAGGCUUGUCGCCCACGAAAGAAGAUUGUCGACUUCAGCCUCGCGAACAAUGGCUGCAAUGAGUUUAGGUUUCAUCGUCAUGGUCACGCCAUGGACGAUUCAGGAAGUCGUUGCAGCUUGCACCGGAAGCAAGCCGCCGCCGUUUCUCGACUUUUUAGCUACGUGGCUGGCUCUAUCCAACAGCUUCUGGAAUCCUUUUCUUUAUUGGCUACUCAACAAUCAUUUCCGCCGAAUUUCGAGAGAGCUUCUUUAUACCAAGAUUCUGUGCAGGUCUAAGCCGUUAGGAACGAAACAACACUGCUGCGCGACUAGCACUGGUGGCUUAGAUGUUUGCAGCAUCGCGGGCGUCGACUUAUCAGGUUUAGAGCGUUGCUCAAUGGAACGAUGCUCAAUGGCGCGUUGUUCCUCGUUAUCAUUAGCGAAUACGCCACCACCGCUCCCUUGGGAAACCGGACAUAUAACACAUAGUGACGUAGCAUCCACGUGAGCCAAAGAUGCCGCCACGCAGACGGAGGAUUUCGGAUCUCCGGACGACGCCAGUUAGUACAGCGUGGCGGCAAGCC